AUGAUGAUUCUGAUGGAUCAGAGGGAAGAAAGACUACUGGCAAUAAUGGAUCAAAGAGAAGAGCGAGUUAAGCAACUCGAGCAGUCCUUAGUCAACAUAUCUUCUUAUAUUGAGAAUCAGCAGAAUUCCAGGGCAUUGGGGAUGGGAAUUACUGAUUCAACAUCAAUCGAUCCCAUGAGGUGCAGAGAUGAGUGGAUCAAAGAAACUCAGUUUUCUUUAAACAGAUCCAUCAGGGUUGAAUUGCCAAGAUUUGAUGGAGAAGAUCACCGGAAGCUCUUCAAGGCCCAAGGCACCAUGAUGGGUUAUCUUUCUUCCAAAACUAAAAUACUCCUAAAAUGGCUGGACACUAAUGCUGGUAUGCUUGCACGCAUAGAAGUCUUGGUGGUGAUCAGUGCUGGGCUCAUGACCUUCUUGGCUCUCUUCGGAUCAUACCGUCGCCGGAGCCGAAGUUCGGUCAUCAAGUACACUCUGCUGGCGGCUUACAUCCUCACUGACAGCAUCUCGGCCUACACGAUCGGUCUCAUGCAAAACCGCCAAGUUCCGCAACGAGCUGUUCGUGUUGUGGUCGACGUUCUUGAUCAUCGCCAGGUGCAUCACCAACUCAAUCAUUGCUUGCUAGUGGUGUACACACUUUUCAUCUACAAUUCUUACGCGAAGUGGACUAGUAUCUGGAUUGCUGUAGCAAUUUUCAUGGCCAUAAGCAUGGUCAAGUUCUUGGAAAAGUUUGUUGUGUUUUAUCAAGUCAGGAACUCAAACGGGUCAAUGGUGAACACUAAGCUGGUCUCAGAUUACAUGCAUUAUGAGCAUAAGUUAAGCAAUGAGGAUGAGAUUGAUCCUGUUCUCAUGAAGGGCUACAAGUAUCUGGUCAUCGGAGAGAAGGAGGAGGAUGUGGCGGUUGGCCCGCCGGACUAUCUCAUGAAACUAAAUAUCGAAGAUGCCAAAGUUGCCGACAAGGUUGUUACAUUGGAGAAUAUAUGGAGUUGCCGAGGUCCAGUGCUCAGAGACUCUGAGGCAGCGAAAGAUGUCUGUCUCUCCUUCACUUUGUUCAAGCUACUCCGAAGGCGGUUCACCGGCUACCCCUGGGCAGAGGCCAACAGCCCAAAGGCUAGGAAGCUUAUUGUCCAAGGACUGUUAGGAGAUCACAUGAGAACAUUCAGAGUGAUUGAAACAGAGCUUGCAUUCCUUUAUGAUAGUUUCUAUACAAAGUAUGCUGUUGUUUCUCACAUGCCAGUAAUGCUGCUGUCCUCGGUGGCCUCAUUGGUGGGGAGCUUCUGGGUAGCUGUGGUUCUGGCUCACUAUAAGCCACCCAGUUAUGAGGAACAUUUGAUGAGGGGGAUCGUUGAUUCACUGGUGACUAUUUCCUUCUUAUCUGCUAUCGCUUUUAUUGAGCUUUGGCAGAUCAUCACCUAUGUCUUCUCAGACUGGGCGAAGGUGCUGUUGCUCUGUAACUACGUGAGGAAGUCAUCAUGGCAGGGGAUGAACUUGUUUCAAACUGCGUUGAGCUUCUUGUGCCAGCAAAGAGUUUUGAAGCCUUGGGAUGAUAAGCUUGGUCAGUACUCUUUGCUUGAAUCUUAUGACUAUUAUCCUUCAUGUUUCAAGAUGGUGGUGAUGAAUGUUCAGAGGGGGCAGGAGGCCAGCCCUUUUAUCCAAUUGCCUGAAGAGGUUAAAAAAGCCAUUGUGCAUGCACUGAUACAUAGCCGCGGAAAGCUAAGGAGGAUUGGAGAGUACUCAUUGACACUCUGUGAAGUUGGGUAUGGUGGUGAGCUCUCCUGGGCCUGCCAGUUGGAGACUUACACUCAAAUCAUCUUGGUGUGGCAUGUGGCCACCUCCAUUUGUCUCCUAAAAACAGGAGCACCUCCUCAUCAUGCAAGUACAGAGGAUCAAUUCAAUCGCAAGGUUGCAGAUAGUUUGUCAAAAUACUGUGCCUACUUGGUGGUUUUUUGUAGGGAGUUUUUGCCUGAUCAGGAUUCGGUCACAGAAGUCAUCUUUGCCAGAAUAGUACGUGAGACAAUGAGACAUCUCUGGGAGCAGAGAAGCAUGAGCAGAAAGUUGGAUAGGUUGAUGGAGGUGAGGGAUGCAACGGAGACGAUAGUGGAGAAGGGUGGGAAGCUUGGGAGGCAGCUCAUUGAAUUGAUAGGCGAUGAGAGUCUGAGGUUUAGAGUGUUGAGGGAGAUAUGGGUUGAGAUAACUUUGUGUAUUGCUCCGUCGGGCAAGGUUACAGCUCAUGCACGGCAUCUCGCAGAAGGAGGAGAGUUCAUUACGCAUGUCUGGGCGCUGCUGUGCCACCUCGGCACAUUUCAACAGCCGCCGGCGAGGGAAAUUGUCUAG